AUGGAAAACAACUCUGAGAAAUCCACAGUGAAUGCAACUCAAUCCGUUGAUGCGUACUCAACGAUGUCUCAUCUUAACAUUGAAAAGAUUGAGCAAGAAUAUAUGGAGAUGUUUUGGACAGACCAGGAGAGAGAAAUGGAGAAAAUUGACAAUUUCAAGAACAAUCUGCUAGUUUCACCUAACCGUAUCAAGAACAUCAUGAAGACGAACAAGGAUGUCCGAAGGAUCACUUCUGAAUCGCCUGUUUUGCUUGCUAAGGCAUGUGAUUUUUUCAUUCAAGAACUCACCCUUCGUUCCUGGCUUAACGCUCAAGAAAAUCAUCGACGUAUUUUGAAGAAGAAAGAUGUCACCGAUGUGAUUAAGCGGAAUGACAAUUUGAAUUUCCUUUUUGAUGAUGAUGUUAAUUCUACUGGAGGCAACAAUGGACAUACAUGA